CCUCUUUUCGUGAUUUUAUUUUUAGUUGGAAUGCAGUACUGUUUCCAUGCAUAAUUGAUAUGAACCGAUGUUUGUUGAUUCCAUUCCCACGUUUUGCUAGAAUAAAAAUAUUUCUUUGAUACAAAUAUUUAUUUUAGGCUAAAUUAUACAAAAUGCCCAAAAUUUUUUUACUUUGUGUCAAAAAGAUCUCUGAACUUUCAGAAGAUCCAAAAAUACACUUAAACUUUAAAAAAAAGUUAGAAAAUACCCUUACCAUUAGUUUUGGAUAGAAACCGCUGGUGUUUUAUUUAAAAAAUACCCCUAAACUUUCAAAAGUUUAAAAAGUACCCUUAAAUAAAACUUCAAAUAACCCUUACUGUUUGUAUAUCAACACUAACUGUUAGCAUUCGUUUCAAAAAUAUCCUUCAACUUUCAAUAGUUGCAUUAAUACUCUUAGGCUUGUCAAAAAAAAAAAAGUUUUUAAAAUGCUCCUACCAUUAGUAUAAUGAUCAAUUUGUUAGAAGUUUUAUUGAGUUCGAAAAGAAUCAGUUUUAAAACAAAUUAUUUCGAUAUCCUUAAUAUAGAUAUUCUCUUUUUUCUCAUUUGUCCAAUUCUUACAUCAAUUUUCUCACAUCAAAAUAUAAACUAAAACUUCAAAUUAAUGCAUAAAAUCUUACAAAAUCUAACAAAAUUUCAAAAUCAAAAUCCCCCUUAGAAGUUACCAAAACAAUAAAUAGCCGGAUACAAAAAGGAUGUAUAUAUUUGGCUAUUAAUACACACUCAAUUACUAAUGUACAAUCUUGUUAACCCAUAUAAAUCACAAGAUCCUCUUGGUGCUUUCAUUAUUCUCUUUCUUUGUCUUACAAUCUACAUACGUUAACUAAAUGAGACAUUUUUUAUGAGAUAAACCAAUAUUAAACAGUUAACAAGAAGAGAUUAAGAGGAGAAAAUAUAAAGAAAACAUAGAAGUGUUAGAUCAUAGAUUGAAGUAGGAAAGAGGGAGGAAAUAGAAUAGAGAGACGAUGGAUGGGGGUUCAAACAUACAUUAAGAACGUUUUUAGCUUUUUUUUUUUCCCCUUCUUCUUCUUUACAUAAGGGUACUAGUGCAACUUUUGAAGUUUAGAGGUACUUUUGCAAAGAAGUAUUAACGGUUUAUAUUCAUAUAUUAAUAAUAAGGGUAUUUUUGAACUUUUCCAUAAGUGUAAGGGUAUUUUGAAAAUUUUCAAAGUUUAAAUGUGUUUUUGAAAUAAAACUACAACGAUAUUCAUCCCAACUAAUGGUAAGAGUAUUUUUGAACUAGUUUUGAAAGUGUAAGGAUAUUUUUGAAACUUUUGAAAGUUCAAGGGUAUUUUUGAUACAAAGUGCAAUUGUGAAUAUGAGCCAAGUCUCGGUACCCUCAAGACCAAUAUAUUUACUCUUGUUUUUUAGAUGCAUCAAUUUUGCUAUAGAUCGUAUAACCAUUUUUAUACUCAAUUUCCAGCCUUGGGUCUUGAUACACCGAUGUGCAACAUAUUCGUGUGCUUGCUUCAAUACCCCUCACAUUCUGAAAAAUGGAUGCAAGAUCGGAAAACAUACAACAGAAAAGCCAGUUUUGACCAAGUCAACCACUGCUGUUAAGAAGCCAAGUCCGACUCCUGUGGCUUCCAUGACAAAUACAUUAGGGAAAGAAUCAUGUGCUAGGUGCCAGCAAGGUUUCUUUUGUUCAGACCAUGGUACACAAGUCAAAGGCAAUAACAAAUCUAUUAAUGAAACCUCAAGUAUACCUGCUGCAAGCAGUAUUGAAUCUCAAGCCCCUCCUGCUCCUGCAAAAAAAAUAGUCGGUAUAAAUGAACCUCAGAUCUGCAAGAAUAAGGGGUGCGGUAAAACUUUCACAGAGAUGGAGAAUCAUGACACCGCCUGCAGUUACCAUCCCGGACCUGCUAUUUUUCAUGAUCGGCUGAGAGGGUGGAAAUGCUGCAACAUUCACGUUAAGGAAUUUGACGAGUUCAUGGAAAUUCCCCCCUGCACUCGCGGUUGGCACAAUGCCGAUCCAGCAUAAACAAACAAUGUAGCCAGAUAAGGACCUGAACUCGGGGACGAUGAUUGGCACUGGCCGGCAUGAUGGAGGCUCUAUUUCCUCACUGAAGAUGCUUCAUCUAGGAUAUGUGAUAGGACUAGUUUACUUUCAUCUUGUUUUUCUACUUCUGAAACUGAUUAUAUAUUAUGACACUAUCGUCUUGGACAUCCUAGUUUUCAUUAUAUGAAAUAUUUAUUUCCUCAUUUGUUUGGCAA